UCCUUCCUUUCAAGUAAGAGCCAUGGCCCCCUAAUUGUUCUUGAAGCCUGUUUAUAUGUGGAGUUGGAGGAAGAAGCAAGGAAGCUUAGGAAAGCCUCUCCUCACCUUCUCAACUCACCAACUGCUUCUUGGUAGGAGAAUUGCCAGAAAAGUUUCCCCCUUUAACUUGCUCCUGGCAAUUGCCUGCUAGCUCAUAAGGCCGGACAGGGAGAGAGGGUUGUGGAGGAGGGGAGGCACAGGUGCUGGGAAGAGGCUUGUGGGGGAUCAAGAAGAUGAGGAGGUGGAUCUUGGCCAUUGCCAUUCUUGCAGCUGCAUGCUUCCUCUCCCUUGGAGCUGAGGCCCAGGUGGCGCAGCAGCAGGGCCACCAGACAGAGAGGAUCUCAGGAAGUGCUGGUGAUGUGUUGGAAGAUGACCCUGUUGGGAGGCUUAAGGUUUAUGUGUAUGAUCUCCCAAGCAAAUACAACAAGAAGCUGCUGAAGAAGGAUCCUAGGUGCCUGAACCACAUGUUUGCUGCAGAGAUUUUCAUGCACCGGUUCCUUCUUUCAAGCGCUGUCCGGACUUUUAAUCCUGAGGAAGCUGAUUGGUUCUACACACCGGUGUACACAACAUGCGACCUGACUCCUUCUGGUCUUCCACUGCCCUUCAAAUCACCACGGAUGAUGCGCAGCGCAAUUGAGCUGAUUGCAACGCAAUGGCCUUACUGGAAUAGAUCAGAGGGAGCUGAUCAUUUCUUUGUUACACCACAUGACUUUGGGGCUUGCUUCCACUAUCAGGAAGAAAAAGCAAUCGGACGUGGAAUCCUCCCUUUGCUUCAGCGUGCCACCCUGGUCCAGACCUUUGGACAAAAGAACCAUGUCUGCUUGAAGGACGGCUCGAUCACCAUUCCACCAUAUGCACCCCCACAGAAAAUGCAAGCUCACCUUAUUCCCGCAGACACCCCUCGGUCAAUCUUUGUAUAUUUCCGUGGUCUUUUCUAUGAUACCAGCAAUGAUCCUGAGGGUGGAUACUAUGCAAGAGGUGCCCGUGCGUCGGUUUGGGAGAAUUUCAAGAACAAUCCGCUGUUUGACAUCUCAACCGAUCACCCACCAACGUACUAUGAAGAUAUGCAGAGAGCUGUGUUCUGUUUGUGUCCAUUGGGCUGGGCUCCAUGGAGCCCCAGACUGGUGGAAGCUGUGGUUUUCGGCUGUAUCCCAGUGAUCAUCGCAGAUGACAUUGUCCUGCCAUUUGCUGAUGCUAUCCCCUGGGAGGAGAUUGGUGUGUUUGUUGCUGAAGAGGAUGUCCCAAAGCUGGACAGUAUCCUGACAUCCAUACCAACAGAUGUUAUCCUGAGGAAGCAAAGGCUUCUCGCGAACCCGUCAAUGAAGCAGGCAAUGCUGUUCCCCCAGCCUGCUCAGGCAGGAGAUGCAUUCCAUCAGAUACUAAAUGGUCUUGCUCGCAAGCUUCCACACGGCGAAAACGUCUUCUUGAAGCCCGGGGAGAGGGCCCUGAACUGGACUGCUGGACCAGUGGGCGACCUGAAGCCAUGGUAGCAUCUCUCACUGCUUAGAGAUGUAAAAAAAGAAAACUUUUUUUUGAAAAGAUAUAUAUUUACAGACAUGAUAUAUACUUGCGCCUUGAGAUCUCCAUGGUUGCAUAGUGCUGACCAUAAAAUCAACAAAAUGUACAUUUUUUUUGUACCUUCUUUCCUGAUAGCUAUAUACCAUAUAUCUUCAUUUAUUUUCUUCUCGUGAGCUGAUCGUUCGCUGUCCAUAUAUGUGGGUAUCAUAAUCAAAUUGUGAGAGUUUUUUUUCAUGUUGAAUGUUCGACCUCAUUUCAUAUAUGGAUCACCCUUGGAUCAUAUGAUAUUUGAUCUAAAAA